AUGUCUGCCGAAGAAGUCAAGACAACAAACGGCAACGCCGACGCUGCGACAGACGUUCAGAACCUUCUCGCCGAAUUAAAGGAAGGCGCAGAAAAGCCUGAAACCGAGAAUCCCGUCGAAGAAGAUGAGGCUGCCAAGGAAGCCCGCAUCAUCGCAGAAGCAAAUAAGCUCGGCAAGGAACAAGAAUCAAAGGAAGAGAGAAAGCCAGCAGACCGCCCCAGACGUAACUACCGCGAGAACAUCAAGUCUGAUCUCACUGCUCAAGAGGUGACCGAUGAUCACAAUGAGAUCAGGAAACAGGUUGAAUUUUACUUCUCAGACUCCAACCUCCCCAUGGACAACUUUCUCCUCAAGAAGGUCGGCGGAAGUGCUAACCAUCCCGUUGAGCUUUCCAUCCUCCACAGCUUCAAGCGCAUGCGCCGAUUCCAGCCUUUCAGCGCUAUUGUUGAGGCCAUGAAGACUUCCACCGUCCUCGACCUUGUUGAUAACGAUACCAAAGUCCAGCGCAAAGUGCCUUUGCCUGAAUCUGUGAACGACUUCCUCGACCCCAACGUUGUCAAGGUGUUUGAAAACGAGGCUAUGAGCCGCAGUGCUUAUGUCAAGGGAUUCGGCGAAGAGGGUCCCAAGACACAGUUUGAGAUUGAGGCUUUCUUUGCUCCUUUCGGCCCUACAAAGGCGAUCCGUCUGCGUCGUGCUUUUGAUAAGACCUUCAAGGGAAGUGUUUUUGUGGAGUUUGAUACAGAAGAAACCCUGAAGAAGUUCCUCGCAUUGGAUCCCGCCCCCAAGUGGAACGGCAAGGAUUUGAUCAUCAAGAGCAAGAAGGAUUAUUGUGAUGAGAAGGUCAAAGACAUUCAGUCCGGCAAGAUCAAGGCAGGCCACCGAAAUGGUGGUCACCAAGGCGGUCGAGGUGGUCGAGGUGGUCGGGGUGGCCGAGGCCGUGGUCGGGGUGGUCGUGAUAAUGACCGUCGCGACUGGAGGGAACGACGCGAUGAGGACCAGAAGAGAGGUUUCCGUGAAGACAAACCUGCCGUUCAGAAAGAUGCUCGGGGCAUUCCCGUCAUCAAGAGUACCGAAGAACCCGCUACUUCCGGCCAGAAGCGAGCUCGUGAAGAAAACGGCGCUUCUGAACACGCAGCUAAGAAGGUUGAUGCCAAGGAAGGUUGA